AUGGGCAAAGUCACGAGACAAGUUCAGGAGGCAUCGUCCAAAAGUGCCGCUGCCAAAGGAAGCUCUUCUAAAUCCGUAACUGUCCCACCGCCACUCGCUGUGCCCCAUAUCAACAUCGAAAUGAGAGAAAGAUUCCACCGGCACUUCUAUUUUCAUGGCAAGGACAAUCAACCCGAGCUUGAGGCUGAGAGAAAGGCUUGCCACUGGUGUCAAAUUAUCUCCUUUACUACAGCUAAAUUGGCACCUAUCUCCAUCGUGAACCCGGUCGACGAUGAAUGUCUUCCUAAAGACUUCGUCUUUAUCCAGCACUGUGUACCAGGCGAGGGGAUCUACCUUCCAGAUGCUGAAUUCCUCAGCGGUUGCGAUUGCAAGAAAACCUCUAGCUGCAAAUAUGCCAAAUGCCACUGUUUGCAGGAUAUGACCAUCCUGGAUAAGAGGCGCCCGGAGGUUUACGUCUACAAGUCUGUCAAUGGCGGUGAAUAUUUGAGGGAGGAGUACUUGGAUACUCGAGAACCGAUUUAUGAAUGCAAUUCCAAGUGCUCCUGCGAUGAUGGUUGCCCAAAUCGGGUUGUUGAGAAAGGCCGCACGGUACCAUUGCAGGUCUUUAGAACUAGCGACAACCGCGGCUGGGGAGUUCGUUGCCUUCGGGACGUCAAAAAGGGCCAGUUCAUAGACAGAUAUGUCGGUGAACUCAUCACUACCGAGGAGACCGAGAUGCGGCGCCAACAAUCGGUCAUUUCACAGAAGAAAGACGUAUAUCUAUUCGAGCUCGACAAAUUCAAAGGCGACUCUGACCGUGAUCCUUCCUUGGCCAAUACUGUCUUCGUCGAUGGCGAAUUCAAAUCCGGCCCCAGCCGGUUCAUCAAUCACUCAUGUGACCCGAACCUUCGCAUCUUCGCUCGAGUCAGCGACCAUGCUCUCAAGCGUUUCCAUGACCUAGCAUUCUUCGCCAUUAAGGACAUUCCCGCUAAUACCGAGCUAACGUUCGAUUAUGUCGAUGGAGAAGAUGAGAAGCUUGAGGAGGAGAAAAAGGACCCGGGACAUAGGAAGGAGAUGACCCGUUGUCUUUGCAAGGCUAAAAACUGCCGCGGAUACCUUUGGUAA